UCAACAUAAGCUGGACACUCUCUCUCUACUACCUUUCCGCUCUCUCAUCAUUCAUAGUGCACCGCCGCAUCCCUCCUCCAGCGCCGCCCUUCGCCUUCAUCCACAGCCUAUACCGCCGACUUGUUACAGCCCAGUUUGUUGUUAGCAUCAUUAAUGGCUGGAACUGGCUAUGGGCAGGCGAUAGGGAUUGAUUUGGGGACCACGUAUUCUUGUGUGGCAGCGUGGAAGCACGACCGCUUUGAGAUCAUACCAAACGAUCAGGGCAACCGCACCACGCCUUCUCAAGUCGCUUUCACUGACUCCCUUCGUCUUAUUGGCGACGCAGCUAAGAACCAAGUCGCAAAAAACCCCUUCAACACUGUUUUCGAUGCAAAAAGGUUGAUCGGUCGCAAAUUCAGUGACCCAACAGUCAAAAGUGACAAAAUGUUAUGGCCAUUCAAGAUCAUUUGUGGCACUGGCGACAAGCCUAUGAUCGCAGUAACCUAUAAAGGGGAGGAGAAACAGUUUUCAGCUGAGGAGAUCUCCUCAAUGGUGCUUACCAAGAUGAAGGAAAUCGCUGAGGCAUAUCUUGGCAAAACUGUCAAGGAUGCUGUUGUGACUGUGCCUGCUUAUUUCAACGACUCUCAGCGUCAGGCCACCAAGGCUGCCGGAGCCAUUGCUGGCCUCAACGUUAUAAGGAUCAUCAAUGAGCCUACUGCUGCAGCCAUUGCUUACGGUUUUGAUAAUUGUGUUGCUAGCUCUGUGGCAAAGAAUGUUCUGAUUUUCGACCUUGGUGGUGGCACCUUCGAUGUGUCUGUGGCCAUGAUUGAGGGAAAUGUCAUUGAAGUGAAGGCUAUCGCCGGCGAUACUCAUCUGGGAGGCCAGGACAUGGAUAAUAGGAUGGUGAAUCACUUCAUGAAAGAGUUCAAAAGCAAGAAGGGUAAGGAUAUUAGUGGGAAUGCAAGAGCUAUUAGGAGAUUGAGGAGUGCUUGUGAAAGAGCCAAGAGGGUAAUUUCCUCCACUUUGGAGACCCCAAUUGAGAUUGAAUCAUUGUUUGAGGGGAUUGAUCUGUUUUCCACUAUUAGUCGUGCUAAAUUCGAAGACCUUAACAUGGAUUUAUUCAACAAAUGUAUGGAACUGGUUAAGAGUUGCUUGAGUGAUGCAAAGAUGGAGAAGAGCAGUGUGGAUGAGGUCGUGCUGGUGGGCGGGUCGAGUAGGAUACCCAAGGUCCAGCAGAUGUUGAAGGAGUUUUUUAGUGGGAAGGAGGCAUGCAAGACUAUUAAUCCAGAUGAAGCUGUGGCAUAUGGUGCUGCUUUACUGGCUGCCAAAUUGAAUGGUCACGACUAUAAGAGGUUGCAAAAUGUGGUUCUUUUGGAUGUUACUCCUUUAGAAGUACAAGCGAUAGGGAUUGAUUUGGGGACCACGUAUUCUUGUGUGGCAGCGUGGAAGCACGACCGCUUUGAGAUCAUACCAAACGAUCAGGGCAACCGCACCACGCCUUCUCAAGUCGCUUUCACUCACUCCCUUCGUCUUAUUGGCGACGCAGCUAAGAACCAAGUCGCAAAAAACCCCUUCAACACUGUUUUCGAUGCAAAAAGGUUGAUCGGUCGCAAAUUCAGUGACCCAACAGUCAAAAGUGACAAAAUGUUAUGGCCAUUCAAGAUCAUUUGUGGCACUGGCGACAAGCCUAUGAUCGCAGUAACCUAUAAAGGGGAGGAGAAACAGUUUUCAGCUGAGGAGAUCUCCUCAAUGGUGCUUACCAAGAUGAAGGAAAUCGCUGAGGCAUAUCUUGGCAAAACUGUCAAGGAUGCUGUUGUGACUGUGCCUGCUUAUUUCAACGACUCUCAGCGUCAGGCCACCAAGGCUGCCGGAGCCAUUGCUGGCCUCAACGUUAUAAGGAUCAUCAAUGAGCCUACUGCUGCAGCCAUUGCUUACGGUUUUGAUAAUUGUGUUGCUAGCUCUGUGGCAAAGAAUGUUCUGAUUUUCGACCUUGGUGGUGGCACCUUCGAUGUGUCUGUGGCCAUGAUUGAGGGAAAUGUCAUUGAAGUGAAGGCUAUCGCCGGCGAUACUCAUCUGGGAGGCCAGGACAUGGAUAAUAGGAUGGUGAAUCACUUCAUGAAAGAGUUCAAAAGCAAGAAGGGUAAGGAUAUUAGUGGGAAUGCAAGAGCUAUUAGGAGAUUGAGGAGUGCUUGUGAAAGAGCCAAGAGGGUAAUUUCCUCCACUUUGGAGACCCCAAUUGAGAUUGAAUCAUUGUUUGAGGGGAUUGAUCUGUUUUCCACUAUUAGUCGUGCUAAAUUCGAAGACCUUAACAUGGAUUUAUUCAACAAAUGUAUGGAACUGGUUAAGAGUUGCUUGAGUGAUGCAAAGAUGGAGAAGAGCAGUGUGGAUGAGGUCGUGCUGGUGGGCGGGUCGAGUAGGAUACCCAAGGUCCAGCAGAUGUUGAAGGAGUUUUUUAGUGGGAAGAAGGCAUGUAAAACUAUUAAUCCAGACGAAGCUGUGGCAUAUGGUGCUGCAGUGCUAGCUUCCAAAUUGAGCGGUGAAGGCAGUGAGAAGGUGCAAAAGCUCAUGUUUUCGGAUGUUACUCCGCUGUCACUUGGCGUUGAAGUUGUAGGAGAUCUGAUGUCAGUAUAUAUUCCAAGGAAUACACCAAUCCCAACAAGGAAGGAGCAUAUUCAUGCGACGGCCUAUGACAAUCAGACCGAAGCGGAGUUUGCAGUCUACGAGGGUGAAAGAAGCAAGUCAAAAGAAAACAAUCUGCUAGGUAAAUUCGAACUCCUAGGCAUUCCAGCAGCACCCAGAGGUGUUGCUGAAUUCAAAGUGUGCUUCGACAUGGAUGAGAAUGGUAUCUUGAAUGUGUCAGCGAAGCACACAAAGACUGGAUUGAAGAACAGCAUCACCAUCAUAAACGAAAAAGGUAGGCUGUCGAUGGUAGAAAUUCAGAAGAUGAUUGAGGAUGCGAAGAAGUACAAGUUGGAGGAUGACGAGUUUAGGGAGAAGGCUGAUGCAAGGUAUGCUUUGGAGAACUACGCCUACGACACGAGGAACACCAUUAGAAGUGCAGUUAAGCUCAAAGCAAAACACAAGAAGAAGAUGGAGGAUGCUUUUGAGUCUUUCACAAAGUGGUUGGAGUGUAACAAACAUGCAGAGGCUGAUGAUUUUAAAGACAAGAAGAAGGAGCUCCAGACUGUUUUCAAUCCCAUCAUCGCCAAGAUGAAAUAAGAAUGAGAAAUGAUGAUUGGCAGGAUAUCGUGGGCCUUUACUUUUGUCUAUCAAGAUUUUUGAUCAAUUUUUUGUGAUGAUUCCCGCGAAUUGCUUGGUUUAAUUUACAACUAUUACUAGUUGAUUGGCUGAUUAUAUUUUCCUCUCUA